GUCAUUUUUAAAGCACUGAAAUGAAAGUGUCCGGCAAUAGGAUACACUGCAUACUGGCUGUUUAAAUCGAUUGUCGGACAACCUGUCCGGACACAGAACAACUGCAACAGUUAACAGGGUAUUAACUAUAUUGUAACUGAACUUAAGUCUUAAGCAAUGGCAAUGCCCAAUGCCACGCCUGGCUAAUUCUAAUGCUGUGCAGGCGAAAUGGGCAUGAUGCGAUGCUGGUCGCGUCACGUCACCUCGAGCUCGCAGACGUGCAAACGCAGUCACUCACUCUCCACACACAUCAUGAUCACUCAGCUCAGCUCAGGCUCAGCAGCAGGUCAAAAUAAACUGAAUUAAUCAAACAGUUAGUGUGAAAGAAAGAAUUAUUUUCGCUCACCUUGUAAAUGACAAAGAAAGGAAGCUUCAAGGCUACACACAUCACCAUGGAGACGGAACAAGAUGCUCAUUUCUGCCUUCGUUGUAACACAGAGAUUAAAGGGUUGAUGGCUUACGUAUCUCACUGUCAGACUGGAUGCUCGCCAGAUGAUACAUCUACAGACGUUCAAGAUGCUCAAGAUAAAGGAAAGGGUGAUCCUCAGGAAGAUGCAGUGGUAAACGAUGCCAAUGCAGAAUAUGCUGUGAUUGAUGGAGAACCUAUGGCAAUAGACCCUCCACAUCCCCCUGAAAGCUCGCCAGUGAAACGUGGCAGGAAACGGAAGGUAACGUCCCCACAAGCUACCCCUCAGAAAACUCCUGAGCAGAAGCAAAUGGAAGAGAGUACUAUCGAUUCUCCAAGGAGGUCUGGUCGUAGGGGAAUUAGGAUAUCAUAUGUGGAUCUAGUCGCAGGAAAAGACAGGAGCGAAGCCAGAAUGUCCAGCGAUGAUGGCAAAGGAGAGAAUGAAAAAAUGGGAAGUAAGAAAAAUAAGGAAUCUAAAGCCAAGGAAUCUAAAGAUAAGGAUACCAAGGUCAAGGGUUCCAAAGGCAAAGGGGUAAUUGGAAAGGCCAAAACCAAGGAAAGUCCCCCUCGGAAGGUUGGUAGGCCAAGGAAGAUUAUCAAAGGAAAAGGGUCAGAAGCAGAAAAAGUAGAAAAGAAAAUCAAAGAGGAAGUGGAUGAAGAUGGAUGGAUGGAGAAUAUAGAACAGUUGAAGCCAGCCGGAGAGGAGGUUGGUGAAGGAAAGAAAAGGGGCACACAAAAACUUGGUCAAAUGGUGAAGCUUAGAGCAUUUAAAGAGAAAAAUCAGAAGACCCUGAAAAAUAGAAGGGAAUUGCAGGCAGCAGCAAAGAAGAAACUUGCAGAAAAGAAGAAGAAAAGGAGUAUACGAGUGGAGAAGAAAGAACAAGAUAAAGAACAAGACACAGAUGUAUCAGAUAGCAAUGAGGGUGGUGUCCUAGAAGAUGUAGCUGCAGUGAAUGAUGAAGCUGCAAUAACCAAUGAAGCUGAUCUACCGAAUCAACAAGAAGCAAAGAUCCUCAUUAAAAAUGGAAAAUUUUAUUGCACAGUAUGUGGGAUCUACUGCACCUCAAAGAAGAAGAUAGACAUGCAUUGUAGUACCAGAAAGCAUAUCAAAAGGUUUAAGUUGGGCAUUGUUGCACCUGAAGAGGAUGAAAAACCACCUCUUGAAGUUGAUGACCAGGAUUUGCUUGAAUGUACCAUUUGUGCAUACAGAACUAAGAAUGAGGGCCACUUUGCUAGGCAUCUUGCUUCCAUCAGUCAUGCUCAGAAAAGCGAAGUGGAUCUUCAUGCUUGUAAUAAGUGCCACCGGAAGUAUAAAACCGAAGAGGAGCUUCAGAAUCAUCAAGAAUUUCACAGCGUUCCAAGAUGUGGAAAGUGCAAAGAAACUUUUGAAACGGAGGAACUCUUGGAAGAACAUCUGGAAGAAUCAGGACACAGGGUUGUGCAUCGUUGUCCAACAUGUGACAAGACUUUCUCCAGCAAGGGUAAUCUUCGAUACCACAUGAGGAUACACGACCCUGACUGCAGAUACACUUGUGAUAUUUGUGAUUAUUCUUGUGCACAGUGGGCGGACAUGAAGAAGCACAAGCUACGUCACAUGGGAAUCAAGCCAUUCAAGUGUGGCCUUUGCGAGGCUGAAAGUCUGACCAAGCAUGGCAUGGAGAGGCACAUGAGAACACAUCUUAUUCGCACCAAGGAUUACAUCUGUGACAUAUGCGGCAAAGGGUAUUGCGAAGAGUACUUGAUGAAGCAGCACAAGUACAUGAAACAUAACCUUGAGAGACGAUUUAAAUGUGACUUUGAAGGAUGUACCUUUGCUUUCAAGUUCAAAUCAUCACUGGUAACUCAUCAACGUAUGCAUACUCAAGAAAAACCUUACCUGUGUACUGAAUGUGGAUAUAAAGCUUCCACCAAGUACGGUCUCACAAAACACAUUCGUCUUCAUACUGGGGAGAAACCAUUCCACUGUGACUUCCCAAACUGCAAUUACAAGUGUCGUCUAUCGACGCAUCUCAGUCGCCAUAAGAUCAUUCACACAGGGCUUAAGCCCUAUCACUGUCCCUUCUGCUUGUAUUCAUGUAACAAUAAGCAAAACUUGCGGAAGCACCUGCUAAACACAAAAUCACACUCUGGCUUGAAAAUGUAUAGGUGCAAGGUGUGCCCAAGUUAUGAAACCAAUGUCUUCAGAGAUUAUGUCUACCACAUUCGCCAAAACCAUGCCGAUGAUGACAAGUAUAUCAGUUACUUUGAAGUAGCAGAGAGUGUGACUAGGAAAAAUGAAAAUAUGGCUGCAGCCUUGAGAGGUGAGGAGAAUGUUGCAACAGAUUUGAUACAGUCGGAAGAAAUGAUGACCGAGGAGGAUCUGCAGUCUUUCUCGGUAGUGACUGUUGUGCCAGGAAAGAAAGGUGGGAGGAAAAGAAAUGUAACCAUCAUGGAUGACAGAGAAGAAGUUCAAAAGAAGUUGGAGCAGGUGAUUUUGGCCCUUGAAGAUCAUUCUGCUGAGGUAGAGGCCAAGGCAGCAGAAGAAUCUCAGGCAACAGAAAAAGCAGAGGAAACAAACAUAGUGGAGGCAGGUAACAGUUCACAGGAGGUGGAAACUGUUGUACCUGUCACAGGCAGUAAUCUCGAAGACUUGGUCAGCCUGGCUGCCAAGGAGCUUGGGCUGGGUACAGACGGGGAGACCAUCGUCAUUGUUCCAGAGGUGGAGAACGAAACGGAGGUCUGCACGACGGAAACAACCGAGGUGAUGAUACCUGCAGGGGAGGGAGGGGAAGGUAUAACUCAGUUUGUAGUGGAGUUUGAUCAGCAAGGUCGAUUGGUGACUGAAGAAGACUUGGCAGCAGCUACCUGGCUUCAAACCAUGGGAAACGUUCAGGAUGUCACUGUAGAGAUCCAAGAAGAAGCUGCAACAGAAGUAGUUCAAGGGUGAUUAAAAAUAGCAUUGAACCUAUCCCUCCUCUGAUAUUGAAACUAGUUUAACAAUGAAUACGUCUCAUAUUCAUGUUUAGAUGCCUGUUAUGUAAAAUAUGGGUGAUGUAGAGAUACAAACAAAUCCAGAAAGGAAGAAAUAAGAAGUAAAAAAAUUGUCAGAUUAUUCUUAUACAUGUAUGAGUAAUGAUGAGUAUGACUAUUUGCAAAUUGUCUCCAUUUUCAUCAUGCCUUUUGACCUGAAUUUGCAAAAAUGAAAUAAAUUUUUGAGAUUUACUCUGGUUAAGAUUUCCAUAGGUAUUGCUUCGAUAUCAGUGAGUUUUAGGUUGUAACUCACAUAAAUGACAUUGCCUGGAUGAAAAAAUCUGAGACACAGAGUUGUUUUGCGUUCACAAAACUUUUUUAAAAUGGUGAUGAAAUAAUAUCAUUUUAAAUGUAUGUGAAAAAUAAGAGUGGCUGUCCAACAAUGUUCUUUGAUAAUACUUGUAUUGGAUAUUAAAAUAAAAAAUAAGUUUGACGUCCUUGAUAAGGUCACUUAUGAUAAAGAGGGAAAAUUUAGUAAAAGAAAAACUUGCAUUGAUGAUUAACUAACUAUAUUUGUAUUUUUUAAAAUACGUUUUAUUGUUAUAAUUACUAUUAUUACUCUAUCAUUUGUACAUUUAAAUUAUUGUGUGAAAUUAGAAUUGUAUUGAAUGACAAUGAACUGUUAGAUUAUGAUUCAACUGUUUUUAUUGAUUUAUUUGGUUGAAGUAUUGUAAGUGAUGCAUGUAUGAUAUUUUGGAGGUUUAGAACAAACAAAGGACAAAGAGUUUAGCCAAGUUCAUACACUUAAAAAAAUCAGAUGAUCAUUUUUUUUGGGGGGGGGGACAAUGAUAGAAGGAAAUUUGAGACUGAGUUUAUUAAUUUAUCUUAAUUAGAUAAGAUGAAAAAUGGAUUAUAUUGAAAACAAUAUGUCUAGCAGUACAAACUGAAAUGAAAAUGAAUUACAAAUAGACAAAAUUGAGACAUUAAACAAGAAAGAGUAUAAAAUAUUGGGCAUGAAGAGGUAAUUCCCACAGUGCACUUGAGAAAGAAGUAGAAAA